UUUCAGAUAAUCUGUAAACUAAUACAUUAUGGGUGCAACCGUUGUUUACGUGUUUGGACUAAUAGAUUCUACAGUUCUGUUGUUCAUGGCUGUUUUCUAUAUAGUGACACUUUCUGAUCUUGAAUGCGAUCACAUCAAUGCUGCUACAUGCUGUGGUCGCUUAAACAAGAUUAUCAUUCCAGAAGCAGCGCUUUUAGGCUUGUUAAAUAUAGCUCUAAUUUUUAAUGGAAGUUUUGCUUUAUUGGCAUUCUCACUACCCAUGUUUGUUUGGUUAAUCUACAGAAUUGCGGCGAAACCUAAGGGCAAUAUAGCGUAUUUCGAUCCCGCCGAAAUUUAUAAUCGACAACAAGUGAAAACAUUUACAAACGAGGCUAUUGUGAAACUGAUGUAUCAUUUAUUUGGAUUCUUUGUCUUCUUAUAUUGUAUGAUUAUGGAGCUUGUAUCAGAUGAUGAUAAUUCGAUGCACCCUUUUCCACCUCUGCCACACGAAGGAAUGUGAAACAAAUCUGCUCCGUCUAAUAGCAAUGUGUACGCACAUCAACUUUCUAGAACGUCACUUAAACAAUACACUUCUUGCAGUUAUUGGUGUGAAGACAUGAAGGUCAUGUGAUGGUCCAGUGAACAGAUCUAUUUACUGACAUUGUUUUUCUCGUUUAUUUUUUUUUUAGUAUAAAUAUCUAAUAUUGAUUUCUUGUCCUAGAUAUAUUUAUACACCAGCCAAAUUUAGUAUAUCUUUUUUUAUUUGUAUAUUUUAAUACGUUCAUUUAUUAAAAAGAACAUUUUUGUAUACCUUACAAGCCAAUAGAUCUUGCUUUAAGAAAAGUGAA